AUGUGUCAGCAUAACGAACACAUCUUUUGUCGUUCUUGUAUUGAAGAACAUCUACGAGUUAAUGCACAAAGAUGUCCUCAAUGUCAAGAUAAUUUGACGGUAGCUACACUUCUUCCAGCGCGUUUUGUAAACAACUUGAUUUCAAAGUUUAAGAUAAGCUGCGACUACGCUAAUCGUGGUUGUCCAGAAUUUAUCAACGUUGAAGAUCUUGAAAGACAUGUUGAAAAUUGUGGUUUUGCUCCAGUGUUGUGUUCUAAUGAACGUUGUGACAGGGAGAUAAACAAACGAGACAAGAUUAAACAUGAAACUGAGUUAUGUGAGUACAGAAAGACUGCAUCUCACUACUUUGAAGAGAUUAAAGAAACGUUUCAACGAAGUUUUGAUCAUGAGGAGCAAGAGGUGAUGGUAACAUCGUUUAAACAGCCAAAUCGACAACAUGCUAAGUGCUAA